AUUUGAAAUUAAUAUGUUUCAAGUAUGAAACAAAAGAACAAUAUUUAGUUACGUGUAUGUUUACGUAAUGGUGUGUUUUUAAAUUUUGUAUGGAGGGGAUGGAUGUAAGUAGAUUUCAUAUGGACCCCCUAACUGAAUAUGAAAAUGAUGAUGCUGAUUGUGUGGGGACGAUAAAUAUAACGAAGAUUCUGGACGAUCUUUUUUGGGCUGCAAGCAUUCUAGCCCAAAAUAAGGCCCAUUAAGCCGCGUGACGUGAAGAUUUUCCCCGGGAAAAUUGAACACGAGACCAAAAGUUCGCAGUUAUUAAAAGUUAGGGAUUGAGAGGAUAUAAAGCACGAACAUUUGAUCAUUUUUAUUACCUUAUGAAAUGCUUAUCGAACCAAAGAGUUCGUCUCUUUCUCCGACACUGUUCGCAGCACCGCUCGUUGCUCCGUGUCGGAAAGGAGCUACACGCCGUUUUGACAACUUCUGGAUCGAAGAAAGCUCCGAGGUCUUACCUUAGCAACUCGCUCUUUCAGUUCUAUGCUGCCUCCGGAGAUAUGACCAAUGCCCAGAAGGUGUUCGACGAAAUUCCUCUGUCAGAAAAAGACAAUGUGGAUUGGACAACUUUGCUGUCCUCUCUUUCUCGGUACGGGUUUUUGGUUGAUUCGAUGAAGCUCUUCGUGGAGAUGAGAAGGAAAAGAGUUGAGAUUGAUGACGUGGCUGCGGUCUGCUUGUUUGGCGUGUGUGCCAAGUUAGAGGAUCUAUGGUUCGGCGAACAGGGACAUGGGUUUGCUGUAAAGAUGGGACUUUUGAAUAGUGUAAAGGUUUGUAAUGCUCUUAUGGAUAUGUAUGGGAAAUGUGGUUUUGUGGGUGAAGUUAGACGGUUAUUUGAGAUGUUAGAGGAGAAGAGCGUUGUCUCAUGGACGGUGGUUUUGGACACGGUUGUGAAAUGGGAGGGGUUGGAGAAUGGAAGAAAAGUUUUCGACGAAAUGCCUGAGAGAAAUGCUGUUGCUUGGACGGUUAUGGUUGCUGGAUAUGUGGGAGCUGGGUUUACAGGCGAAGCGUUGGAGCUUCUGGAGGAAAUGGUGUUUAAAUGUGGGCAUGGUUUGAAUUUCGUCACUCUUUGCUCGUUGCUAUCGGCAUGUGCGCAAUCAGGAAACCUGGUUAUUGUGAGAUGGGUUCAUGUGUAUGCGUUGAAGACAGGGGAGGAAGAGAUGUGUGAUCAUGUCAUGGUGGGAACGGCAUUGGUUGAUAUGUAUGCCAAAUGUGGAAACAUAGAUUCUUCCAUGAAAGUCUUCAGAUUGAUGCGUAGGAGGAAUGUGGUAACAUGGAACGCUUUGUUUAGUGGGUUAGCAAUGCACGGGAAAGGUAGGGUGGUGAUUGACAUGUUCCCAGAGAUGGUAAGAGAAGUGAAGCCAGAUGACUUAACCUUCAGUGCUGUCUUAAGUGCUUGCAGCCACUCCGGGUUGGUAGAAGAAGGUUGGCGGUGUUUCCACAGCCUCAGACUCUAUGGUUUGGAACCUAAGGUUGACCAUUAUGCAUGUAUGGUAGAUCUUUUGGGGCGAGCUGGUCGUAUUGAAGAAGCAGAGAUGUUGAUGAGGGAAAUGACAGUGCCUCCGAAUGAAGUUGUUCUCGGUUCACUUCUAGGCUCGUGUAGCGUCCAUGGAAAGCUGGAGAUAGCCGAACGGAUUGAAAGAGAGCUCGUUCAGAUGAGUCCAGGCAACAUGGAAUACCAAAUAGUUUUAUCCAACAUGUAUGCUGCAGAAGGAAGGAGCGACGUUGUAGAUAGGUUAAGAGGAAGUAUGAGAAACAGAGGAAUCAGGAAAACACCUGGUAUGAGUUCCAUUCACGUGAACGGCUCAGUUCAUCGGUUUAGUGCAGGAGAUAGAUCACAUCCGAGAACGAAAGAGAUUUACUUGAAGUUGAAUGAAGUGAUUGAACGGAUUAGAUCAGCUGGUUAUGUCCCUCAUGUCUCUGCCCUGGUUUCUCCCUCGGAGGUUGACUUGGAGGACAAAGAGCUGGCUUUGUGCUUUCACAGUGAGAAACUGGCGGUCUGUUUCGGGCUUCUUGUAACUAAACCGAGGACACCUCUUUAUGUCUUCAAGAAUCUGAGGAUAUGUCAGGAUUGUCAUUCAGCUAUGAAGAUUGUUUCAAAGAUCUAUGACCGAGAAAUCAUCAUCAGAGAUAGAAAUAGAUUUCAUCAGUUCAAAGGAGGUUCUUGUUCUUGUUCCGAUCACUGGUGAACAGAUAAACGGCUGUACAAUGUAUCGAUUCUCGAUUGUAAACAAAUUUGCAAAAUGAGAGACAUGGUUGAGACAAUGAAGGACAAAAUUAUUGAAGAUUUAUAAAGUGCUGUUGUUCUUCUA